CAAACCUUCAGGAUGGUCGAAGAUGUCAUAAACAUCUUUCGGGAAUACUUGAAAAUCCGGUCUGUCCAUCCCGAUCCAGAUUACGAUGCAUGUGUGGAUUUUGUGAAGAAUAAAGCAGACGAAUAUGGAUUCAAAACACAAAUAUUCCCUCUUGAUGAAAAACGUCCUGUGCUUAUUGUUACUUUGGAAGGUUCAGAACCAAGUCUUCCUUCUAUAUUGCUCAACUCGCACACAGAUGUGGUCCCAGUAUUCGAAGAGCAAUGGAGUUACGAUCCUUUUGGAGCCGAGAUGGACCAGGAAGGAAACAUCUAUGCAAGGGGUUCACAGGAUAUGAAAUGUGUCACCAUUGCCCAAUUGGAGGCUUUGAGGAGGAUUAAAUGUUCUCAGGUCAAGUUAAAGCGGACAGUCCAUAUGACCUUACUUCCAGAUGAAGAAAUUGGGAGUAUUGAGGGUAUGGCAAAAUUCGUACAUACUAAAACGUUUAAGGAUUUAAAUGUUGGUUUUGAUAUUGAUGAAGGGAUCCCCUCUGCAGAUGAAGAAUUCUUGAUAUUCAAUAACGAAAGAUGUAAAUGGGGAAUAUUAAUCCACUGCACUGGUACAACUGGACAUGGCUCACUUCUUCACAAGAAUACAGCAGGAGAAAAAUUAAGGAUUGUAAUUGAUCAUUUCAUGGAUCUCAGAGAAAAAGAGGCAGUCAAAUUUCAAACUGUGCAACAUUUAGGAGAUAUAACAACCGUAAAUUUAACUCAGCUUCAGGGUGGAGUCCAGAAUAAUGUAGUGCCACCAGAAAUUAUUGCUGGAUUUGAUCUAAGGAUAGCAGCAGAUGGUGAUCAUGAUGAAAUGGAAAAGUGGAUAUAUGAUGUUUGUAAAAAAGCAGGAGAAGGAGUAUAUCCAGAAUAUAUUCAAAAAGAUGUAAAAGUCCCUGCAACAAUUUUAAAUAGUAAAAAUCCAUUCUGGACUUCAAUUGAAUCUACAUUGAAAUCACUAGGUGUGAAGUAUAAAGUAUGCAGCCUGUUUGGAGCAACAGAUGCUAGAUUUGCAAGAGGAGUUGGAGUGCCAGCAGUAGGGUUUACAGCUUUUAAUCAUACUCCAGCAAGACUCCAUGAUAAUGAUGAAUGUAUGAAUAAAAAUAUUUUCCUCACGGGGAUUUCAAUUUAUGAACAAUUAAUAAAAACUGUUGCUAAUGUAUAAGAAAGGAGAAAAUUACUGCUGUAUUAACUAAUAAAUCAAAAAUUAUGUUUUUAAUGUAAAAAAGGAGAAUGCAAAGAUUAAUUGAAUGUAUCAAUAUUUAAGUAAUACAUGUCUUCA